AUGGACGGCGUUCGUGCCUACAACACCCCCGCCGGUCCCUGCAUCUUCCGUCUUGAAGAGCAUACCCAGCGUUUAUUCAACUCAGCCCAUAUCCUGGGUAUGAAGAUGCCCUACACCCAGGCGCAGGUGAGCGCAGCCCAGCGCGAGGUCUUUAAGGCCAAUGAACUGGAUGAAGGAUAUCUGCGGCCCAUGGCCUUUCUGGGUAGUGAAGGCAUGGGUUUGCGUGCUGAAGGGUUACAGGUGCACUUGAGUAUUGCCGCCUGGCCCUGGCCGAACUACAUGGAUGCGGACGCCACAGAGAAAGGCAUUAAAGUGCGUACGUCUUCAUUCACCCGGCACCAUGUCAAUAUCACCAUGUGCAAAGCCAAAUCCAAUGGUAACUACACCAAUUCAAUUCUGGCGCUGCAGGAAGCCCUGCAAUCCGGAUGUGAUGAAGCCCUGCUGCUCGAUAACGAAGGUUAUGUGGCCGAGGGCAGUGGUGAAAAUAUAUUCCUGGUGAAAAAUGGCGAGCUACACACGCCAGAGCUCACCUCCUGUCUGGCAGGUAUCACCCGUGAUACGAUUUUUGCUCUGGCUGCAGAGCAAGGCCUGAAAAUACACGAGCGCCGCAUCACUCGAGAUGAGGUCUACAUUGCGGACGAAGCGUUCUUUACCGGCACCGCUGCGGAAGUGCUGCCCAUCCGCUCCCUCGAUAACCGCACCAUUGGUUCCGGCGAACGUGGUCCAAUUACCGAGCAGUUGCAAAGCAUUUAUUUUGACCAGGUGGGCCAUGGGCAAUGGCAGUUGGGUCGACGUCGACAGGCAGCGGAGCGGUUGCGCCAGAUCGGAUUUGAUUGUGCCUACGUGCUGCCCAAUAGCUGGAAAUCUGCGCUUGUGCCUUUCCUGGCACGCAUUCCGGAACGCAUCGGUUGGCGCGGCGAAGCCAGGUUCGGUUUGCUCAAUCGCCAGCUUUUGCUGGAUAAAGACGCUUAUCCGUUGAUGAUCGAGCGGUUUAUGGCGUUGGCCAGCGAUACCUGGCAACUGCCUGAACAGCCGUACCCCUUGCCUCGCCUGGUGGUAGAUGAAGAAAAUCUGCAACGUUGUCUGCAGGCCUUUGCGCUGCAGCCCGACAAUGUCGCCAUCCUGUGUCCUGGUGCCGAAUUCGGCGAAGCCAAAAAGUGGCCUGGUGAGCACUAUGCGGAAGUCGCCAGGCAGCUGUUGGACAACGGCCAACAGGUCUGGCUGUUAGGAUCGCCAAAAGAUGUGGACGAUUGUGCCGCGAUUGCGCAGUUGGCGCCGGGGGUUGAAAACCUGGCCGGUCAUACCUCGCUGGUGGAUGCCAUAGAUCUCUUGUCAGUUGCUGAACAGGUCAUCUGUAACGACUCUGGUUUGAUGCACGUCGCCUGCGCGUUGGGUAAACCCACAAUGGGUAUCUUCGGUUCAACAUCAGCAGAAUUCACGCCGCCGCUUGGGCCGCAGGUGAUCGCCCGCAUGGGUGAAUUUGAUGCUGCAGCACACGGCAUUACUUUUGACUGGGUGGUGGAAGAAGCGUUUGCAGAUAUCCCCGCAUUACAUCCCGCGGUGCGUCAGGUGAUCCCUAUUGCCUGGCGGCGCUGGCGCAAAAAUCUCAAAGCCAGUGGGGCGGAAAUGUCAGCGUUUCGCGAAACACUUGCCAGCAACACCUACGACCUGGUGAUCGAUUCCCAGGGGUUGAUCAAAAGCGCGUUGGUCAGCGUGUUAAACCGCGCGGUCAAACAUGGCUUUUCGCAUACCUGUGCGCGGGAGCCCUGGGCUGCUUUUUUCUAUGGCAAAGGUCACCGCGUUGAGCGUGGCCAGCACGCGAUUGAUCGACAGCGCCAGUUGUUUGCUGCGGCCCUUGGCUAUAGCUAUAACCCGGACGAAUUGCCCGACAUCGGCGCAACUGUUCAGCCUAACGAACGCAAUAACCAGGUGUUCCUGUUACACGGCACAACCUGGGCGACCAAACAUUGGCCGCCGAUAAUGUGGCAGGCGCUUGCACAGCAGGUAAGUGCUGCGGGGUACGAGCCAGUGCUCACCUGGGGUGACGAUGUCGAACGGCAGCGUGCCCGGCAGAUCACCGAGGCCAGUGGCGCUCGCCUGCAGGAUCGCACCGCUCUGAAACUGCUUGCACCACAACUGGCACAAAGCGCCGGGGUCAUUGGUGUGGAUUCAGGUUCUGCAGUCGAGCUUUGCCUGUGCGCAAGAUCUGAUGAGGCAGAGCUGAUGCGCUUUGCUUUCUGCAUUUUCAAGUAUUUCCCCUACGGCGGCAUUCAGCGCGACAUGAUGAAAAUGUUGAACGAAUGUAAACGGCGUGGCCACGAGGUCAAAAUAUUUACCCUGCGCUGGCAGGCACCCAUUGAUCCUGACCUUGAGCUUGAAGUAAUCCCCAUAUCGGGGCUGGCACGCCACCGCCAGUACGAGCGAUUUGCCGAAGCCGUGAAUAAAGCGGUAGCUGCUGACAAUUUUGAUCUGGUUCUUGGCUUUAACAAAAUGCCGGGGCUGGAUGUCUACUACGCCGGUGAUUCCUGUUACAUAGAAAAAGCCUUCUCCCAGCGCAGUGCCGUCUAUCGUCUGUUGCCUCGCUUCAAAAGUUUUGUGGCUGCCGAGCGGGCCGUGUUUGAAGCCGCAAGUAAUACUGAAAUUCUCACCAUUUCCAAUGUUGAGGUACCCCUUUAUCGACAGCACUAUCGAACUCCGGCUGAGCGGUUUCACCCGCUGCCACCGGGUAUUGAACGGGAUCGGGUAGCCCCGGAUAACGUCACCGAAAUUCGUGCGGAGUUUCGCCGGGAAUUUGGUCUGACCGAAGAUCAUCUGGUCAUUCUAUUUAUAGGCUCAGGGUUCAUAAAGAAAGGUCUGGACCGCGCGCUGCUGUCGGUGGCUGCGUUGCCUGCCGAGUUACGUGAUCGCGUGCGUAUGUAUGUGAUCGGGCGCGAUAAAAGUGAUGCUUUUGAACGCAUGAGUAUGCGCCUGGGGCUGUCUUCCCAGGUUACCUUCUUUGCCGAAGGGCGUGACGACGUACCGCGCUUUCUGUUUUCCGCGGACGCACUGCUGCAUCCCGCUUACGACGAAACAGCGGGCAUGGUCAUCAUUGAAGCGAUGUUGGCGGGGCUGCCCGCCCUGGUAACACGUAAUUGUGGUUACGCUAAACACCUUAGCGAGACGAACACGGGUAUUGUUUUGCCGCUGCCAUUCUCCCAGAUCGCGCUGAAUGAGGCGCUGGUGGAAUUGUUGACGUCUCCUGAGCGUAGUACCUGGCGGGCCAAUGGUCUGGCCGCGAAGUAUCAGAGCACGUUGUUUGAACUUGUGCCUAAAGCGGUGGAUCAUCUUGAGCGGUUUGCCCGCGGCAGUCGGCCGCUGCUGGUAUUUGUGCUGUUUCGCUAUUUUGCUUAUGGCGGCCUGCAACGGGACUUUAUGCGUAUAGCACAUGAAGCUUAUCGUCGCGGCUAUGACAUUCUUAUUUACGCGACAGCCUGGGAAGGUGAACGCCCCGAGCACUUUCAGGUGGUGAUCAUCGAUGCGCCCGGGGUGUCUAACCACAGUCGCUAUCUGAGCUUUUCUGAACGCAUGCACGAAGAUGCCCGCUGGCGCCAGCCCGCCGCGAUUGUGGGUUUCAACCGUAUGCCGGGAUUGGAUGUCUAUUAUGCAGCGGACUCCUGUUUUGAGCACAAAGCCCGCAACAUGCGUACCGCCAUGUAUCGCCGCACGGAACGUUAUCGGGUCAUGUCAGCGUUUGAGCGGGCUGUGUUUGGCGACCAGUCAGAUACUGAUAUCAUGCUGAUAGCGCAGAGCCAGCGCGAACAGUUCCAGCGCUGCUAUCAAACGCCAGAUGAACGUUUGACCAUGUUACCGCCGGGUGUCAGCAAAGACCGCAUGCGCGGUGACCACUGGCAGUUGCAGCGACAGGCGGUGCGUGCGGAGUUUGGCAUCGGUGAUGAUGAAAAUCUGUUACUGCUGGUGGGCAGCGGGUUUGUCACCAAAGGCCUUGAUCGCGCCUUAGUGCUGUUGUCGAGUUUGCCCGCGUCGUUGCAGAGUUGUACCAAACUGUUGGUGAUUGGUGAAGACAACCCGCGGCAGUUCCUGCGCCAGGCUCGAACCCUGGGUGUUGAACAUAUGCUGAUCAUCGUCAAAGGCCGUGACGAUAUCCCCGCUGUAUUGCAGGGCGCCGAUCUGAUGGUCCAUCCUGCCUAUAUGGAAAGCGGCGGCAUGGUACUGGUGGAGGCGAUCAUAGCGGGCCUGCCGGUCAUUGCGUCAGGCGUGUGUGGUUUUGCCCAUUUUAUUACCGAAGCUCAAGCUGGCGUGGUGCUGGACGAACCUUUUGACCAGGCGCAGCUUAAUCAAACAGUCAUCGACGUAUUACAGAAUCCAACCCAGCGCGCAGACUGGUCAAACAACGGUGUACGCUUCGGCCAGGAAAAUGAACAGCUGUACAACAUGCCGGACCAUGCUAUGAAGGUCAUUGAGGCCAGCGUGGCGAAGGGACAGGAUCCUCUUGUUACGGCAUUUGCUUUGCAGGGCGAGGUCUUCCGGGAUGUGCCUGGACGUCGCACGCUGCGUGUCGUGCUGAACGACAGAGCCUACUUCGUUAAACUGCACUAUGGUGUUGGUUGGUCUGAGGUGAUCAAAAACUGGCUGCAGUUCAAGUGGCCGGUAAUUGGCGCAACCAAUGAAUUUGAUGUGUGUAAGGCUCUGCUGGAAGAACAGAUUCGCGCGCCCGCGCCGGCUGCGUUUGCGGUGUCUUCAGGUAGUAUUGCAUCACGGCGCUCUUUUGUGUUGUGUGACGAGCUGGCGGGUUUCACCAGCCUUGAAGACAUCACCGACACCUGGCCGGAUAAUCCGCCAAGCCCCAUUGAGCGCCAACGGUAUUUGUAUGCGGUUGCGCUAUUUGCACGGGGUUCGGUUUCACUUGCCGUGUUAGACCUGCAUCGCGCACGGCGUUUCAACAAAGUGCCUUUUCGGUGGUUGAAAAGAGACCUUGCAGCGUUGCUGUUUUCCAGCUUAGACCUGGGCUUCAGCGAGCGGGACUGGCUGCGUUUCAUUGCCCUGUACAGCGGUAAGCCUGCUUCCGUUGCGUUGCGCGAAGAUGCUGCCCUUUGGCGGGCGGUGCGCCGACGCGCGAACAAGCUGUACACCGAAGGGUUGCGUAAAGGCAUUGUGAAAGGUCGCGAGCUGGUUGCGCCAUUUGUCGUGGACGUCUGUCUUGAUCCCGAUGAAAACCUUGUCGACCAGACCACCACAGAAUUGAACUUUACCGACGUCGCUCGCGUGCUGCCUGGGCGCCGGGUCAGUGGUCUGGCAACCCAUGCCGGUGAGGUUGUGUUUGCCAAAGUGUUUUACGGCCCGAAUGCACGCCGCUACUGGCAGCGCGAACUCCUCGGUGCCCGCCGCCUGCAUGCUGCGGAGGUGAAUACACCCCAGGUGCUGGCAACAGGUGCCUGUGCUGAUGGUGAUGGAUUUGUUGUGCUGUUUGAGCCGCUGCACGAUCCGCACAAUUUAUCUGAUGGUGACCUGGAGGAUAUGCUGGCGGCGGUGCAGCUGCUGGCAGAUAUGCAUGACGCCAGUCUGGUUCAGACUGACGUGCACAUCUUUAAUUUUCUGCGCUAUGAAGGGCGAUACUUUGCUGUCGAUACCGACGGUAUUCGACGCGCACAUCUGCUGCGCCAGCACUUUGCCAACCUGGCGAUGUUGUUAGCACAACGGGCGCCUGUCGCAGAUGUUGAUAUUGAUGAGGUUUGGGCAGCCUAUAGCGCCGCGCGCGGUGCCUAUGUCAGUCGCAUGGGAUCAGCCGCACAGUUACGUAAGCUCACGGCCAAAGCACGGCAACAGAGGGUGCGCCGGUAUCUUAAAAAAACCCAGCGGCAAUGUUCAGAAUUUGUCCGGCAAUCAAAUUUCCGUUUUAACUUUCUGUGUGAUCGUGACCAAUUUGCGCGGCUGCAGCGCUUCAUGCUGUUUCCUGAAUCGUUUGUCGGUGAUGGCACGCCACUUAAAUUAGGUAACAGUUCCACAGUUGUGCGCAUGCAUAUCGACGGUGUGCCCUACAUUGUUAAGCGUUACAACAUCAAAGGCCUGAUGCAUCGAAUACGCCGCUGGUUUAAACGGCGCGCCCGGCAUGCCUGGUUAAACGGUCACCUGCUCGCCUUCCUCAAGAUUGCCACCGCAAAACCGGUUGCCCUGCUGGAGUUGCGCUGGGGCUGGUUUAAUAGCGUCUGCUAUCUUGUUAUGCCGGAUUGCGGCGAGCGUAACCUCGGCCAGACGCUGGCCAAUCGCCCGCAAGACUUUGCACAACUCGCUGCGCCAACUGUGGCAUUGCUGCAGGGGCUGAAAGCUGCGAAUCUGCAGCACGGUGACCUGAAAGCCACCAAUUUUGUGAUUGAUGAAUCCACCGUGCGCUUGAUCGACUAUGACGCUGUGCAAUCUGGUGACAAUGCACGUGACAUACGCCGCUUCCUGGCAAACUGGGAGGAUCAGCCUGCGCUGCGGGCGCAAUGGCAGCACGAUGCCUCCGCGGCGCUGGUGAUCGAUGGUGAGACGAUUGCUGCUGCUGAAGAAGAACGCUUCACCCGCGACAAACAUGCAAAAAAUCAGUGGCCGGAGCAGGCGGCACGCUAUUGUCUGGCGCAGGCUGGGGUGAGGGCAGAAGAUGUCGAUUGUGUGGCUUUUCCCUACGCCCCAAUAAGCCUGUUCAGAAAAGCCCGAUGGGUCUACGCGGCACGCUACUGGUAUGCGCCGGACCGAGCCCUGGAUGCACUGCUCAAUGGCAAUCGUCGAUUUCGUAGUCACCGGCGUGACAUUUUAUCUCUAGGUGAACGGCUCGGCAUUAACUGGGACAAGACACGGUUUGUGCCUGUGGAACAUCAUCUUUCCCACGCCUCGAGUGCGUAUCAUCUUUCAGGAUUGGAAGGUAAGACCGCAAUUCUGGGUGUGGAUGGCAAAGGUGAAUAUGCCACGACCUUUUUCGGUUAUGGUGAAAACGGUCAGAUACACACCUUAAAAGAAUUUUAUGAUCCGGAUUCACUGGGCGGCGUUUACGGUGCACUCACCGAAUACCUUGGCUUUGAAAUGCUGGAUGGCGAAUACAAAGUCAUGGGGAUGGCCCCUUAUGGUGAUCCCGACAAAUAUGAUUUAUCGCGUUUGAUACAGCCCAGCGGCGAUGGUUUCAGAGCCAACACCAGAUAUGUCAAUGUGGUUGGACUGCGGCGCCAUAAAGAUCAGGGCCAGGCUUUCUACUUCAGCGAUGCGCUUGUUGAUUGGCUGGGUCCGCGUCGUCGCAACGAUGAUGCAGAUGAACCUUACGUGCACUAUGCGGCAGCGAUGCAGCGGCUCUAUGAAGACUGGGUGAUCAGGUUAACUCAACGUUACCUGGGUGAUGUGUUGGACGAAACGCGACAGCUGGUGUUUGCUGGUGGCGGCGCACUCAAUGUGAAGCUCAAUCAGCGUCUGCUUGGUGAGGCGAACAUUGAUCACCUGUAUGUGCAGCCGGCGUCGGGCGAUUCAGGCACCGCCUUAGGGGCCGCUACUUUUGUAGCAAACCAGCAGGGUGAUCGAAUUGCGCCCCUUCAACACGUUUAUCUGGGUCCGUCUUUUGACGGGGACGCGUGCCUUGCUGCGUUACAGAAGCGUUCGGAAACCUGUCACUGGCAGCGUAUGGACAACCCGGUAAGCGCGGCGGCUGACAUCUUAACCGAUGGGCACCCGCUGGCCUGGUUUCAGGGUCGGAUGGAAUUUGGCCCCCGCGCCCUGGGUGGUCGCAGCAUUCUGGGGUGUCCCAGCACCCCUGGUAUCGCAGAUAAAAUAAAUGCGCAGAUCAAGUUCAGGGAGCGAUGGCGGCCGUUCUGCCCCAGCGUUUUACCUGAGGUGGCGGCGGAACUUAUUCAGCCGCCGCAUCCUGCGCCUUACAUGACUAUGACCUUUGAUGUUGCGCCGGCCUGGCGUGAGCGGAUCCCUGAAGUGGUUCACGAGGAUGGCACGGCGCGGGUGCAGGUUGUCGAUGAGCAGGCCCACCCUCGCUAUCAUCAGCUUUUGCAGAUGAUGCAGGAAAGUACCGGCAAUGGUGUGUUGCUCAAUACGUCCUUAAACCGGCGUGGUGAACCGAUGGUGUGUUCUCCGGAUGAUGCGCUGAAUAUGUUUUUUGGCUGUGAUCUGCAGUAUCUGCUGCUGGAAGAUUUCCUGGUCACCAAGGAUGCGCGGUGA